AUGGCCUGCAAGGCCGGAGAGAUUCGGGGAUAUGGCGAGUGCAAUGAAGCGGAAAACUGCUUCGGUGCGAUCAAGACGGCCCACGGUCUCCCAACCAAAGCAACCGCGCUGCUUCUCAACUCUGGUGGAUCAACGCUUUUGACGACGAAGUCGCAGAUUUUCGUGCGCUGGGCCGAGCACUUUGAAAGCGUCCUCAACCGCUCCUCUACAAUCUCCGAGGUCGCCAUCGUUCAGCUCUUUCAAGUGAGAAUCAAUAUCGAUCUGGAUCUGUCGCCUUCCCUUCCAGAAACCAUUCUCGCCAUUUAG